AUGUCGCAUCAGCCUCAGGGCGUCUUGGAGACAGAUGGAAUUGUCGAUCCUCUCAUUCGGCGGGUGCACGAUGUUCUUCGGACUUUUGACCGCGACUCCGUGCAAUCUAUCCUUGAUCUGACCGAUGCUUUGAAUAAAUGUUCAGUGUUACUUGCGAAGGAUCAGACGUUGAAGUCAUCUAGACAUGUUGUAGGCGAGACCAACCCUUCGCUGCGGAAGCUCGUCCAGGAAUUGUGGAAGACGUCUGCGGAGCUACACGCGGAUGAGGAUAUAAUAUCGACGACACAGCUUGCUACGCUCUCACAGAGCCUUGCUAAAUUCACCCGGAAUCUAGUGGCUGCGGAACCACAUAAUCAACAGAGAGUAUUGUCCAACGAACCUACCAUCCGUGCGAUGGCGUAUCGAUACACGUCUUACGCAGCCUUGCAAGAGCCGGCAUCCAUUGCAAGCAGUCGAAUGCUGGUACAAGCAUUGUCAAAUCUGGUGACAGGCAACGAGCCUCUUUUACAAAAUAUCUGGAAGAUGUACUUGUCGCUACCGGAAGAACAGCUCAUCCUCCUGCGCCUCUUUGCUUCCCCUGACAUGCGAACUGCCUCCUCCACGUUCAUAUUCAUCUUGAAUUGCAUCCAUGGAAACAGGGAACGUCUGGAAAUGUUGAUCCGCAGUCCGAGAGGCCCUCGCCUAUGCAUCUGUGUGCUCGACCGUAUCAACUCUCUGGUAGAUGCUGAAGAGGCCACAGACGGGGCCCAUGCCUUCGACGUAGGAUACGAGGUGUUCUCUCUCAUGGCGGAAGGCGGGCUCAUCCCAGCCCUCUAUACAACGAUCGCUUUAGAGGACGAGAUUGUGACUCCGCACCAAACUACCCUACUCAAGCUUCUUGAUUCCCAUCUACAACGUCCCGGCUCAAAUAGCCCAUUAAAUGCGACAGAUCAGCUCGUUCGGAACGAUCUCCUCCGCAUGCUUACUGACGAAUUCUUCGCCCUAUCGGCAUAUGUUCAACGGACUAUCCGCAAAGCGAUGGGUCCAAAAGUCGAUACCGAUGGAGAUAAGGAUGCGGGUUGUGGUGGCGAAGCAGCUGCACCCAAACCACCUCAGGAACUGGACUUGUUGCUGCCGAAAGUCUGCGAGGCUCUGGUGCUAGUUACACAAUGCCUGAUAUCACUCGCAUUGCACGCUGAGGAACUCGCCGGUGCCCCUGUCGGCUCAUCAGCUGACAGGGCGCAAUCAGAGCAGGCUAUGUCGUAUACUGGCAGGGUGAAGAAUCACUUGACGCAAGAGCGCUCGACCGGCGGCGAAGGACUGCCAGAAAGCAUCGUUGAAAUUUUACGGUUAAUAGAUGUAUUCGUUCCUCGGAUCACCUUUGGCAAAGUAGUGCAGCGCCCUCUGCCUCCUGGGGCGACUGCACAGGACACCGCCGCUGAAGCUCAUCCGUCCGCAGCUGCAGGCUUCUCAUACGUCAAGCGCGACCUCGUCCGGCUACUCGGCAUCCUCUGCUCGGAGAAUAGGGACGUGCAGGAUCGCGUGCGUGAAGCUGGAGGUAUCCCUGUCGUGAUGAACCUCUGCGUCAUAGAUGAUCAGAACCCAUAUUUGAAAGAACAUGCCAUCUUCACCUUACGCAACAUUCUGCAUGGAAACAAGGAGAAUCAAGACGUCGUGAAGGAAAUUCAGCCAGUCGGCCGGUGGGACGAGUACGGUGUAUUGCAGAGUAUUUAA